AUGGUGGGUGUGAUUCAGACGGACGAUUCUAUGCGGUUUUGCGAUAGUGGUGUUACGUCUUCUAUGUCACGUACACACUUGUUUAUCCUCGUAAGAAAAGCAGGAUACCUUUAUGUUCGCAAGCCCAUAGUUCCCGAAUUCGGCGGUCCUUUCGCUUUCAGCGGCGCGUGCGCAGCGACAAGGUCGCGGGCCGUUCAACUCGGAUGCGACGCGAGUUGCGACACCGAAAUAUGUAAUUGUAGAGGAGUCGAGGCGUUUGCCAGCGGCCGCUCGAAGUGGGUCGUGUUGCGCAAGCCCACCGCGCGACAGAUGGCGCGACUGUCUUCCUUGUACGGCCACAGAUUAAACAAAGACAAUAUCGCAACACACGAAUGA